AUGUUGCUUCGGGUGCAACAGGCUGCGGCCGCGGCUCUGCCUCGCUGGCAGAGCGGGGAGUGCGUGCCGCCAUUAUUUUACGCUGAUGACCAGGCCUUGCUGGCCACCACGCCGGCAAGCCUGCGUUUCCAGCUCGGUUACCUUGAGAGCUACUGUGCCGCCUGGGGCCUCACGGUCAACACCAAAAAGACCCAGGUGGUAGUGUACACCACUGGCGGGGCUGCUGCCACGGAGGAGCGGUUCCGCUACGGCGGCAAUGAGGUGGAAACCGUCCCCACCUUCAGAUGCCUCGGCGUGCACCUGCACUGCCGGCAGGCCUUUGCCUCGGCGGCAUCGUUUUGGGCGGAGGCUGGGCGGCGCGCGAUGCACCUGCUGCGCCGCCGCCUGGCCGAGAAUGGGUCGCAGGACCCCCUGCUCAUGCCCCUGGGCAGCGCAGGUUAG